AUGGCGCAAUCGCAGGGAUUGGCAAAUCCCGUCGUAUUUGCCCGACGUGCUUCCUAUCAACAUGAACUGCGGCAGACUUCGACCGCCUGGGCCUUCCUUCAGUCUGCUAGGGCAGCUUUUCCGCAUGUCAUUCUCGAAGAAUCGUCGCAGUCCCGUGCCCAAGUCGCCACCGGUCUGCAGGCGUGGCAUGUCUGGCGUGACAAAUUCGGAUCUCUACACGCGAGUACGAAGGAGACAUCAGAUGUACCAUGCAUGGCAGUAGCGUUGGUUCUCAAAGGCCCAGCUCAAGGAGGGCACGGAGACGAAGUUUGUAUGUUACGGAUGAGCGAGUCCGUCCAGAUGAGCAUCAAUGACAAGGACAUGGCGGCCGGGAAACCAUAUGUACUGUCACCGGACGACAUGGUACGCAUCGAAGGCAAUGAAUACGCGUAUCGCUACCUUGUAAAUGUCGGCGAUGCUCCCACGCACAGGGGACGCUACAAUGGCAACGCGUUCCUCGGGCGGGGAGGGGAAGGAGAGGUCAUUCUAGCCACGUGCACCGCGACCGGGCGUGCAGUUGCCGUCAAGACUGUGAAGACGACUUACGAUAACUUUGAGAAGGUUGCCCGCGAGCUCCGCAUCUGGGCAGGUUUUCUGCAUCCAAACGUAUUAGAAUUGCUUGAUUGGUGCACAAAUCCAGACAAACCCACGGAGUUAUCAAUGAUCACCUCUUUAGCAGCUCAUCAAUCUCUGCUGCAUUAUGUCUUACGUCAUGGAAAGCUACCUGAAUAUAUCGCGCAGCCCGUCGUAGCUCAAGUGAUCGACGGUCUCACGUACAUACACGAACAGGGUUUCCUUCACCGGGAUAUCAAACCUGAGAAUAUCCUGGUCUUUCGCCAGGACGAAUUUGGCGUCCUUACCGUCAAAAUUGGCGAUUUCGGAACGUGUAUCCGGAAAAAGGAGGAUCCUAACGCACCAGUAGAUCGUGCGGGAACUACGAAUUACGCCGCGCCUGAAGUAGCGAUGAGGCGCAACAACGAGCUAAGCGACGCAUUUUGUGUCGGAGGCGUGAUGUACUUCAUAUUGUUCAAGAAACGGCCGUUUCUUGUCCGAGAAGGAGCGAACAAUGUUGUAGAUGAAAUCACAACCAGGCAAUCGCAACUUGUGGAACUUGACGAGGUUGCUCCGAAUGAAACCGAAGAGAACGCCGCCGAGGAGAACGAUGCUAAGGAGAAAGACUCUGAAGCGAAUGACGCCGGAGCGAACGACGCCAACGGUGACAGUGGCAACAGCAAUGCCCCCACCGAGGAUGCCCAAGGCACAGGCAACGAUGACGUGAAAAAAGGCUCGCUCAGCAAACAUGCUCGAGCUUUACUCCGCGGAUUGUUGCAGGAGAACCCUAAAGAUCGUAUGGAUCUCCGGCGAGCUCGGCAGUCUCUUUGGCUGCAAGGUUGCGUAGUUCCGCAAGGGCGCGUUCCGCUUCUGACCUCCGGCGAUCCGCUGUUCCAUAACCUUGUCGCUCUCGCGAAGUUCGCGUCCUUGGCUCCUCCUCAUAUCCCCGAUCGCUACCGACCUGGAGAUGCGCCGGCACCGGCAGAGGAAGUAGUGUCACGGAUGCAGCUGAAUCCCGCCGACAACUAUACUCGAGGCGGUACAGAACCCCUCGUCAC